GGCGCCGGGGCGGCCGGAGCCCCCGGGAGCGGCGGGAGCCGGAGCCGGAGCCGGAGCCGGAGCCGGAGCCGGAGCCGAGCCGGGGCCGAGCCGGGGCCGGGCGGGCCGGGCCAUGGCCGCGCCCGACCUGCGGCCGCGCCUGUGCCGCCUGGUGCGCGGCGAGCAGGGCUACGGCUUCCACCUGCACGGCGAGAAGGGCCGCCGCGGCCAGUUCAUCCGGCGCGUGGAGCCCGGCUCCCCCGCCGAAGCGGCCGCGCUGCGCGCCGGGGACCGCCUGGUCGAGGUCAACGGCGUCAACGUGGAGGGCGAGACGCACCACCAGGUGGUGCAGAGGAUUAAGGCCGUGGAGGGCCAGACCCAGCUGCUGGUGGUGGACAAGGACACGGACGAGGAGCUCCGCCGGCGGCAGCUGACCUGCACAGAGGACAUGGCCCAGCGGGGGCUUCCACCGGCCCACGACCCCUGGGAGCCGAAGCUAGACUGGGUGCAGGCGGGCAGCCUGGGCUCCCAGACUGGCCAGAAGGAUGCCAACGGCCCCCCACGGGAGCUGCGGCCGCGCCUGUGUCACCUGCACAAAGGCCCCCAGGGCUACGGCUUCAACCUGCACAGUGACAAGUCUCGGCCAGGCCAGUACAUUCGCUCUGUGGAUGUUGGCUCGCCCGCUGCCCACUCCGGCCUCCGUGCCCAGGACCGCCUCAUCGAGGUGAAUGGGCAGAACGUGGAGGGGCUGCGGCACUCGGAGGUGGUCGCCAGCAUCAAAGCGCGGGAGGAUGAGGCCCGGCUGCUUGUAGUGGACCCAGAGACUGACGAGCACUUCAAGCGGCUGCGGGUGACGCCCACGGAGGAGCACGUGGAGGGACCUCUGCCAUCGCCAGCCGCCAACGGGACCAGCCAGGCCCCGGCCGCCGUGUCCCCCCAGGAUGGUGGCAUGUGGAAGCACGACCCCUUUCAGGAGAGCGGUCUCCACCUGAGCCCCACAGCCGCAGAGGCCAAGGAGAAGGCGAGGGCCACACGCAUCAACAAGCGGGCGCCACAGAUGGACUGGAACCGGAAGCGAGAGAUCUUCAGCAACUUCUGAGCCCCUCCUGCUGCGCCGGCCUCCUCCCUGCACGCCCAGAGACUGGAGGGCGCCCCAGAAGCCACGUGGUCCCCUGUGAGCCUGUGCUGGGGCAGCUCACGGGGUGCCGGGGAAUGUGGCAGCCAGAUGUGGGGGGCGGCCCGGAUCUAAACACCCAGGCAGAGCCAGAAAGGAUGGAGUAAGGAGAGAUGGGGGAAGAGGAGGAGGCUGGGGGGCUGCAGGGAGAGGAAGAGGAGGGACUGGAAAGGGAGUUCAGUGUCUGUCCUGCAGGGCAGGGCCUGCGGCUGGAGGAAUCUGGGUUUUCGCUUUUUUCCCCCCAAAGAGCUUGAGCUCCACAUGUUUCCACUUACUGCCCUGCCCCACCCCCGCCCGCCCCAGGAUGCUCCGCCCCCACACCCUUUCUGUGCGGGGUCUGGCCUGAAGGGGCCGAGGAUGGAGGCCGGACCGGAAGCUGGUGCAGCCUCUGGAUCGGCCCCUCGUCCCUGCCAGGACAGCCCCAGGCCAGGGGAGCCGGGAGGGCCCCGGCUGCUGGGCUGCACGGCCCGGCUGUCCUCCACGCCUCAGCCAGACCACGCUGCCGGCUGCCUUGUAAGCCAUAGCGCAUGCGCGCCCUCGGAAUAAACAGGCUUUCCUCAG